GGCGUAGCCUGGUCCUUGUACAUGUAGGGGCGUAGCCUGGUCCUUGUUUCGGCUUAGAGCAUGGCGAUUUGCUCUAGGUUGUUGUCAUUGAGCAUUGGGCGAAUAGUAAAUUGCUUUGACAGCGACCGAACGUAAGUGCUUAGGGUACAGGGCAUGGCGAUUUGCUCUGAGUCAGGAAGACUGGAGACAGGUGGUCUCUUCCGAGGUCCUCCUGAUAUACUAAUCUUUUUUCUUUCAGAGGACAGAGCAGGGGAUUUUCUGCUCUGGGGCUGGGAGGACUGGAACUACUGGAAGUACCAGGGGGGUCUACCUGAUGUCUUACCUGGAGGUAUGGUCUCGGUACCUGUAGGCGAGCGAGGACGCUCGAGGGUCAGGAAAGGCCGUGUCAGAAAUGCUGAUUCUUGCAUAUCCCGAUCUCGCCGCCGCGCCGCCCUGGCCGAGCCAACUAAUAUAAACAAAUAGGAGACCAUGACCUAGAUCACCACCGAGAAGAAACAAGGAACAUUCUGACUGCAGAUUUAACUACGAACAGUCGCAUAAUUGUCGGGCUAUUAAAACUGUAAUAUUAAGUGAAUAUAAAAUUAUUGGAAUUCCGGAUUUUAUUUUAAUA